GGCCGCAGUAAGUAAUGAGCGAUAAAAAUUAUCAAAAAUUCAAGAAUUUUACUGUUGUACGAUUAACUUAGCAGGACUAUCUAAUUAUUUCCAUUUUUAUUCGCAUGUGAGAUAGUGUUCAAACGUUUUCCUGCUAUAGCUUUCAAGUACACAUUAGUAGGCGAAGAGAGGAAUUUGGAUUGUGGUUCAGAAAGUGAUUAGUCGCCAGCGGAACGUCAAAACGUAGUGUGGACAUAAAUCUCGUGCAGCUAUCGUGUGUGUGUGUUGCGGAAACCCCAAAUUUGGCGUAUCGUGAGAAUUCGUGAACAUUCCUUCGGAAGACGCAAAUCAAAAUGGCAAAAUAUUAUGAAAAUUCAACCAUAUUCAACUAUUCCUGGGAGCAGGUGACACAGUGCUUCUGGAACCGGUAUCCAAAUCCGUUCAGCUCGCACGUACUCUCGGAGGAUACCGUUUGUAGGGAACUGCGGAAUGGAAAACUACACAGUAAACGGCUACUAACCAAAACGAAUCGUGUGCCUAAAUGGGGCGAACGAUUCUUCAAGGCGAAGUCCGUCCAAAUUGUCGAGGAGUCGGUAAUUGAUCCGGAAGAACGAGUCCUUGUGACUUACACUAGAAAUAUCGGGUUCAAUAAGAUCAUGAACGUCGUUGAAAAGGUUACCUACCGAUCCGUUCCCGAUCAGCCCGGUAAGACGAUAGCUACUCGCUCGGCCUGGAUCGACUCAUCAGUGUUUGGUUUUGCGACAGCCAUACGCGCUUUCGGGUUGGACCGCUUCAAAAAGAACUGUAUGAAAACCGUUAACGGAUUCAACUAUAUGUUGCACCAUAUGUUUCCAGCUCAUUCGCCAUCGUUAGUCUCCGCUUAUAAUCAACACCUGACGAAGGCACAGAAAAUUAAGGAAGCGGCCAAGCACGCUUCCGAUCACGUUAAAGCUCAGGCCGAACAGUUGGUGCAGAAUCUUUCCGUGAAAGGUUGAACCAAGCCCCCCUAGUGGGGAAUACUGCGAUAACGUUCCGCAAUGUUGAUCCAGCACAAACACCGUUAAUGUAUAGAACCGUCGUUGUCCAACCCAUUACACUUGAUGCACCUGCAGCAUACAUUUCUCGUUGUUGGGUUGUGCCGGUGAAACGCUAGGUCACCCGCAGAUAAAAAGACGAUAAACACCUAAAGCUCGAAACCAUCUAGCUAGUAAUUGUGAAUAAAUAACAUUAAUAGGAUGCAAACUCUCUGAAGUAAGUACCUUUUCUCCCUUUUUCUUGUACCAAUAUCGAGUUGCAAUAACAAGGCAGAUGCAGUAUUUGAUAAUCCACUUUUGAGCUAUCACCUUCAAACUGAACGUAACUUUUUCACUUUUAAAGUUCAAACGAAAUAUAGUAAGUGCAUCAUUCCACGCCGAACGCUUCCCUACGUCUCAGUACUAAGCAAGAGUUAAAGUUAAUUAGGUGAUAUUCGGUAAAAAUUAAACGCCCCGACGUCAAAUAGGUUAUGGUGAUGAUUAUCCAUUAAAGUUUAAAUCGAAGAAAUUGUAGAUACUAUCGCCAUAAGCAAUAAAUUCGAAUUUAUUCAGUUCCAAAACGUGCUAUUAUAUUAGUAGGCAAGGCAGAAAUAUGUUAUUAAAAGUACGGUGCAUGAUGCGCCCCGGUAUAGGUAAAUCCUUAGGUCUGGAAGUGUAUGGUAGCCUUAAAUAAUUUUCCAAACGAACAUUUAGUUGUAGAUAUGCAGAGCUCUUCUAUAGAAGUGCAAGAAAACCCGUUUGAUUGUAGAUAAAAUAUUUUUAUUGCAUUAUUUGAAA